AUGACGGACCAAGAACCUUUGCUGCCUCAAGCUGUCGAGGAGGGAGAGGCAAGAGUAGCCUCGGAACGGGGAAAUGUGAGAGGCUCGGAUGCCGCUUACGACCAGUCAGGAGCGCGAAGAGCGAGGGCUCAGCAGGCCAUCCGACGGGGAACUGUACAUGCGAAAGAGGUAGCCAAAAAGGGCUACGAAAAAUCACGUUCAUUUAUCAUCAACCAGUACUCCAAAUUUAAAGAAGAUCCGAAGAGAGGACCCCGGUUUCUUACGUGGGUCAGCGUAGCUGCGUGCGUCAUCCUCAUUCCUGGCCUCUUCUUCGAUAUCAUUACGCUUGCUCUGACACUCAGCCCUAUGGAUGUCCUGGCGGACAUCUACGCUGUCCUUGGUUGCGUGCUUGUGCUGGGCGCCGAGUUUGCGAGAGUUAGUUCCCGAUUUGGCGUGCGUUCCAUGAUCCACUUCUAUAUCCACUUCAUCGAGUUCACUGCAGGGAGAGGAAUUAUACAGAUGUUUAUUGCCUCGCUCUGUGUAUCUGUCAAGGAUCUGCUGAACCUCUUCAAGUUUAUUCCAGGUCUCGCGCUGCUGAUGUGUGGCGUACUGAACGUGAUAUGGGGUCUCUACGCUGCGUGUAAGCUCAACACGAUGAUGGCGAAAAUGCGGGAGUACGACGGGGAGGUGUUUGAGUCAAAGACCAUGGCUGAAAAGCUGGAUCUACUUGACAGGAAAUUUGAGAUGCUAAACAAGAGGGGUGACGGGAUCUUGACCAUCGAUGAUCUCCGAGAGGGGAUCAAGGAAAUGAAUCUCAUGAUGAACGAGGUCGAGCUGAGGUCAGUGUUCGAGGCGCUAGAUAAGGACUACGAUGGACUGGUCAGCAAGGAAGAGUUUGAGACAUGGUGGCUCCGGGAGAAGGGACCCAAGUUUCUUUGA